AUGAGAGGGGGGAAAGCCGGAGCAAGGGGGAAUGAGAGGGAUAAAAGUGUGGAUCCAGGUGUGACGUGUGUGUGUGUUCUGUGUUGUGCAGGUGUGCGUCCGUUCCAGUGUCCGUACUGUGACUACUCCAGCUCUCAGAAGACCCACCUGACCCGACACAUGAGGACACACUCUGGUGAGCGACCUUUCAAGUGUGAGAGCUGCAACUACCUGGCAGCCAAUCAGCACGAGGUGACGCGCCACGCCCGGCAGGUGCACAACGGGCCCAAACCCCUCUCGUGUCCGUACUGCGAGUACAAGACCGCCGACCGCAGUAACUUCAAGAAGCACGUGGAGCUGCACCUGAACCCUCGCCAGUUCCUGUGUCCGCUCUGCAAGUACGCCGCGUCCAAGAAGUGCAACCUGCAGUACCACAUCAAGUCCCGGCACGCCGGCUGCAGCGUCGCCGCCGUCGACAUCUCCAAGGUCAGGCUCAGGGUCAAGAAACCAGACAACGACGGCGCAGAGGGAACCUUGGGAGAGAGCAAGGCCGACGACUCCUCCGGGGGAGAGCGCUACGCGGAGGACUCGGACAUGGACGCCGUUGACGACGGAGACGACGGAGACGACGGAGAAUCGAGUCCCAUCAACCUGUCCAUCAGAAAGAGCGGCCGGCUGAGCGGCGCCGAAACAGAGACGCGGAAAUCCAACGGCGGCGAGAGAGAGAAGCUCCAGAAAGUUAAAGAGAAAGCAGAACCGGAGAAAAGAGUCCCAACGAGGCAGAAGAAGACGGAGAAGAUCUGCGGGCGUCCCCCGGAGACGGAGAAGGGGAACGUGAAGAGACGAGUUAAGAAAACAACGGAGACGGAGAAAACCCCGCGGAGACGAUCAGAGGAGCACCGAGACGAGACUCAGAAUGAAGAGAAGAAGUCAAAGCCCGAGAGAGAACAGAAGAAGAAUGAAAGCAGCGGAAAGGAAAACAAAAACCUCAACAAGCCGAGGAAGUCCGGAGAAAAGAAGGCGGAGAAAACGGCAGACCGCAUCGAAGACGCUCCGAGGAAGUCCAGAGAGGACAACUCUGAGAAAACCCCAGACCGCAUCGAAGACGCUCCGCAGAAACCGCCCAAGGAAAAAGCUGCGAAGCGGAAAGCGACGGAGGCUCUCGAUCUUUCCCAGAAGACCUCGGCCGAGACGCCGCCGAAGGCCAAGCGGCUCAGAGCUCCCGCCGUCGCCGAGAAGGACACGAAGAAGAUCCAGGAUUCUUCUUCUUCUCCUCCGAGCGCGGCGAAGCCGAAGAAAAGCCGGAGCGCCGGGAAGAAAGCCCUGGAGCGUCUGAAACUAGAGAAGGAAACCACGUCCUCUGACCUCCUCUCAGACAAGAUGGAGGUCUCCACCUGCAGCUCAGAUGAGAAGACUUUGGGGGACAGAGACGCUCCAGCAGCCACACCGGCAGUAACCGCCACGAAGGAGGAGGCGGCGUCCGCGGAUGUAACCACUCAGACUACAAAGAUGGCCGACGCCUCCACCUGCAGCUCCGAUGAGAAGACGUCGGGCAACAAACCGGCAACAACCACGACAGGAAACGGUUCAGCACAGCAGCAGAAGAAGAAGAAGAAGGAGGAGAAGAAGAAGAAGAAGGAGGAGGCGGGGUCCACAGAUGUAUCGACUCAGACAACAAUGAUGUCAGAGAAGAUGGAGGUUUCCCCCACCUGCAGCUCAGGUGAGUCCUAG